GUGCGCGUGUGUCUGUUUCGAGAGGAAGAGGCUUGGGUGACAGGCGAGGCGUGAGCGAAGAGUUCAGCCUGAGUCACAGUCUCAUUCACUGAUUUCUCGGCGGCUGGACGGAGGCUGCCUCCCCAGGCGGCUCCCAGCUAUUCCCGCACCCGCACCGUCUGCACCUGGCGCUCCGCUCUCAGCCAGGCCGACUGACAGACAGACUCCCCAGUGGGCAUCUUUGCGCCGGAGGCUGUCCCGAGCCGAGGCGGCAAGGACAGGACGCCUCUGGCCCAGCCAGUCGGGAGGGAUGCGGCGUGGACAUCAGCGCUAAGCGCCCCACGCUGGGCACGGGGCGUUUUCGCUCCCGGCGGAAGGCCGAGCGGCGGCGGAGGGGAUGCACUCGGGACGCGCAAGGCUCCUUUCGCGAGCUACCGCCCCGAGGUGGACCCCAAGCAGGGCUCAUCGCAGGACCGCGAGGACCCCUGCCCCCCGGGGCACGCGGCUGCGGAGCCUCGGGGCUGCGUCUGAGGCCAGGAUGCCCUGGGCGCCUCCCUGCUGGUGAGGAUGUCCUGCUGCCUGGGUCUGCAUCCCUCAGCCCCCGUCCUUGGUGGGCACGACUGCGUGGGCCCGGCUUCGGCCUCUCGUGCGGGUGGAUGAAAAGCGCUGGAGUCCUUGAGUGCGAUCAGCGAUCGAAUCUGAAUUCUAAGAGCCAUGGACGAAGGUACUGGGCUGCAGCCCCAGGCGGGAGAGCCGCUGGAAGCCCGGGCCACAGUAGGAGCUGUCCAACAGAAGUGCGAACCAGAGACCUUUAGGUCCAAGAGUUUACCCGACCUGAACAGCGCCUCCUGUAGGUCAGAUCUCAGUCCUGUGAGUGUAGGCUCCAAGCCAGACUGUCCAGAUUCUUUGAGCCAUCAGGAGUUGAAACAAGGCCUGAGCCGGCUGGCCCCCAGCCCCUCUGCCCCGUCCACUUCGGCAGAGAUGGCAGGGCUCGUGGACUGUAACCACAGGGUGGACGUCAGCAAAACCAUAUCGGUGUCGUCUACGUUGGCCGUGCUCCAGGGGAGAAGGUGCCUCUACGUGGUCCUCACGGAUUCCCGUUGCUUCCUGGUUUGCAUGUGUUUUCUGACCUUCAUCCAGGCGUUGAUGGUCUCCGGAUACCUGAGCAGUGUCAUCACCACCAUCGAAAGGCGCUACAGUCUGAAGAGUUCCGAAUCAGGGCUGCUGGUCAGCUGCUUUGACAUCGGGAGCCUGGUGGUGGUGGUGUUCGUCAGCUACUUUGGUGGCCGGGGUCGGAGACCCCUGUGGCUGGCGGUGGGUGGACUUCUCAUCGCCGUCGGGGCUGCCCUCUUCGCUUUACCUCACUUCAUCUCGCCUCCCUACCAGAUCCAAGAGUUGAACGCCUCUGCCUCCAACGACGGCCUGUGUCAGAGUGGCAACUCCACCGUGACCUUGGAGCCACCCACCUGCCAGAAGGACUCGGGAGGAAAUAACCACUGGGUCUAUGUGGCUUUAUUCAUUUGCGCGCAGAUUCUCAUUGGAAUGGGCUCCACACCUAUUUAUACCCUGGGACCAACCUACUUAGAUGACAAUGUCAAGAAAGAAAACGCAUCCUUGUACCUAGCCAUCAUGUAUGUCAUGGGAGCACUUGGUCCUGCAGUGGGAUAUUUAUUAGGUGGACUUCUGAUUGGUUUUUAUGUUGAUCCCAGAAAUCCGGUUCACCUAGACCAGAAUGACCCUCGCUUCAUUGGAAACUGGUGGAGUGGAUUCCUCCUUUGUGCCAUUGCAAUGUUUCUUGUGAUAUUCCCAAUGUUUACUUUUCCAAAAAAGCUUCCACCUCGACACAAGAAAAAGAAAAAGAAAAAAUUUUCUGCCGAUGCUGUUAGUGAUGAUGAUGUAAUGAAGGAGAAAUCAAACAAUAGUGAACAAGGGGACAAAAAAGUUUCUUCUCUGGGAUUUGGAAAGAAUGUCCGAGACCUACCAAGAGCAGCUGUCAGGAUCUUAAGCAACAUGACAUUCCUUUUUGUGAGUUUGUCAUACACAGCUGAGAGUGCCAUUGUAACUGCUUUCAUUACCUUCAUUCCCAAGUUCAUCGAGUCACAGUUUGGUAUCCCGGCUUCCAAUGCCAGCAUCUACACUGGUGUUAUUAUUGUCCCCAGUGCUGGUGUUGGGAUUGUCCUGGGAGGCUACAUCAUAAAAAAAUUGAAACUUGGUGCAAGAGAAUCUGCAAAACUAGCAAUGAUCUGCAGUGGUGUGUCUUUACUGUGUUUUUCAACCCUGUUUAUUGUUGGAUGCGAAAGUAUUAAUCUAGGAGGCAUAAACAUCCCUUAUACAACAGGACCUUCUCUCACCAUGCCUCACAGGAACCUGACAGGAAGCUGCAAUGUUAAUUGUGGUUGUAAAAUACACGAGUAUGAGCCAGUCUGUGGAUCAGAUGGAAUUACAUACUUUAACCCUUGUCUGGCUGGCUGUGUUAAUAGUGGUAAUCUUAGCACUGGGAUAAGGAAUUACACGGAAUGCACCUGUGUCCAAAGCCGGCAAGUGAUCACCGCCCCCACCAUGGGACAGCACAGUCAGCUGCGCGUGGUUAUUGUCAAAACGUAUCUCAACGAGAAUGGCUAUGCUGUGUCCGGGAAGUGCAAACGGACUUGCAAUACCCUCAUCCCGUUCUUGAUUUUUCUUUUCAUAGUCACCUUCAUCACAGCGUGUGCCCAGCCAUCCGCCAUCAUAGUGACACUCAGGUCCGUGGAAGAUGAGGAGAGACCUUUCGCUCUGGGAAUGCAAUUUGUUUUAUUGCGAACACUGGCAUACAUUCCUACUCCAAUUUAUUUUGGAGCCGUUAUUGACACCACCUGCAUGCUCUGGCAACAAGACUGUGGCGUACAAGGCUCUUGCUGGGAGUACAACGUGACGUCAUUUCGUUUCGUCUAUUUCGGUUUGGCGGCGGGCCUCAAAUUUGUGGGCUUUAUUUUUAUUUUUCUGGCCUGGUACUCCAUUAAGUACAAGGAGGACACACUGCAGAGGCAGAGGUGGAGAGAAUUCCCUCUGGGCACUGUGAGUGAGAUGGUGGGCCACCCCGAUGGCGCCAGGAAGUCCGCCCGGACUAGAUCUUGCCCAGUUUUCAGCACCCAGGGAGAAUUCCACGAAGAGACUGGCCUGCAAAAAGGGAUCCAAUACACAGCACAGACCUAUCCGGGGCCCUUCCCAGAAGCAAUAAGUUCCUCCCCAGACCCGGGGUUGGAAGAAAGCCCUGCUGCCAUGUACCCUCCCUCCCAAAGCUUGAAAACGGAAGACGUGCGUUUUGUUGGCUGAGUUGAAUAUGGCGACUUGAGAAACACCCGUGCCUUCUUUUCUUUCUUUCUUUUUUUAACCUCUAAAGACACAAUCCUCAAACCAACAAAACUCAGUAUACACAGCCACUAUGGAUUGAGGGCUGGAUACCUCAACAAGACUGAGAGCCUUUACCCUCCCCUUCUCUCCAAGAAGGAGGAGUUUAGAUAGAUUUGUUACCAUUUCUGCUGUGUUCGUUUAAUGCUUGUGCUCCAACAAGGCCGAGGUACAUGGUUAAAACACGAUCACGGCAGGUGUAACGGUGGUGCACGUCAUUAGCACACACUCCAAAGGUGGGCCGACCCUGACUUUGCAUUAACAAAUCCAAGUUUUGAGAUCUGAACACCUACUGUGAGUUCUGCUACAAAGCACAAACGAAUUUGCUUCAACUAUGCAAUCUGAUCGGAAAAAUGGAAGUGCAGCAUGUUACUUCUGCUUUCAGAGACGAAAGCAGAUACGUUUUUGAAAAGAGGAAGCUAAACUUUCCCUAAAGUACUGUUCAUAGCAUUUUAAGCCAUAGCCGAGUUACAAAUCAGGUAGAAUUUUUCAAAUGCUUCAGAGGAGCCCGAUGCAUAGCGCGACAAAAGGAACAGCUACUUCCUUUCAUGAGACGAGGUGUCCUUUAGUCUGUCUGCCCCAUCGAAAGGUAGUUAAAGAGGCUGCUCUAUCAUAAACCUGAUAGCUUGACUGUAAACGCCAGUAUUCCUUCACAGGGGUUUGAAAACUAGUGUGCUAAACUAUAUGGCUAGAAACUGUAAUUUGAGAUGCAUAAUAAGGAAAGAAACAUGGCUUUCUCAUCCAAGAAAAUUGCUGCAGAGAUUUUUUUUUUUUUCUCUUAAGGGCCUGCGUCAGGGUAGUUAGGAAUUGUAAACUUGUUACUCAACAUAGUUGGAAAAAGGAAUUCCAGAGCAAUAAGAUGGAGUCCCACCCAAUCAUUUUAGUUAUAUGCCUGGAAACACUAGCAAAUCGGUAUUGUUCUCUUUCUUAUGUAUGGAAAAUUGCUAUGGUUGCUACUGAAAUUGAGUCGGUAAGCCAGGAAAGUUUGAACAAUCACUUUCUGCAAUAUGAACAUCACCCUAAACACAGGAAGAGAGAGAUCUGUGAGCUGGACCUAGAAUGUGACCCUAAGUAAUGUUUGAAAACUAUUUAAAAUAAACUGGUCUGAUGUACUGAAUCCUACACUAUCAGGGUUAGAGUCAUUUUACACCCCCCUUUGAUUCCUUUCUACUGUGACUUUCUGGAAGUGAGCUGAGAGAGGAAUUUUCUGUUCCUUUGGGUUCAUUAUCCACAAUCCUUUCCAGUACCUCCCAGCACGUCACACCGACCUAGCUGCCACACAGAAUGCUUUCAACCUGGUUCUUAAAGCAGAUGUCUCCUAACAGUGCUAUGGACUGAUGGCAAGUGAACUCAGGGGAUCUGGCUACUCAGAAAAAGAAUCAUGACAAUUCAGAUUUCUGAGGGACGGUCAGGUCCAAAUACCAACCAACAUCACUGUUUCUGCCAAGGAUCCUGUGCUUAUGUUGUGCUAAUUUGGAAAACGGUGUUCUUGCUGGUUUAUAGUCUUGCACAGAAGGAAUGUGAUUGACAGAACCAUCCCAUGAUUUGGGCUUUUUGCCCUCCAUCCUUGGCUUCCCUGGCGGGGUUGUAUGAAUAUUUCUGGGGACAAGCUUGUUUUCCUCUCUACCUAGGAAUGGCAUCAGUCAAAUGAUUCUCUUGGUUGCGUGUAGUUUGUGGAGAGGGUUAUUACUAGUCAACUGAAUCAUGUCUCCAAGGGGUGGAGCCGGUGGUCUCAGUGACAAGGGCUUCCCUUUGUUUGGCCAAGUCAUAAAACCAUUGUUGCCUGUAAUUACACUGGUGUCCAUCAAACUUUGGUCAGUGAUGCAUCUGGAAGGUCUUCAGAGAAUAUUGCUGAAUACUGUCUACCCUUGGGGCCUCAGGGUUCCCCUAUACCCUCUAUGGGAAACCUUUGAUCCUUUCGAAGAGAAAGUUUCCUUUUGUGUUGGAGCUAAAGGUAGGUAGGUCAGGGAGAGGUGGUGUUUUCUCAGUUUCCCUCUGAUCAUUAAGAAACUGCAUUGAGAUAAUUUUUAUUUAUUUAUUUUUGGUAGCUAAGAUCAUGUGUUCCAACACUCUUAGAAUCUGUCUCUUCUUGGUAGUACAUUUUGAAAAAGGAGCCGCUCUCAGAACUCAGGAUAGGAAAUGAUGGACUCAUCAGGCACCACUUCCUACCUUGAACAGUCAUCCGGUUCAGCAAUCAAUGACUGGGCACCAGUUCUUUCUCAGGCAGCAUUUUACCCAUUGCCAUCUGCCAGUCUAUGAAAUCCUUUGGGUUAAUUAGGCCAGAAUUCAAAGAAAUUGGCAUGAGUUGCACACCACAAUGUUAGUAUUGUACUUCCUCAAGUAUCUGAUGCUUAUAAAUAGCAGGUGUGUCAUUAAUGUGUUGUUGAUGUGUGUAGAAUAAGCAGUAAAAAUCAUGGGGGACUGAAGUUUUGGAAUAUGUACCAAGUAAGGGUUGUCUCCAAAAUGCUUUGGGUUCCGGUAGCAUCAUUGGAAUAUUAUGUAGCCAACUAAAGUGACGAUUUUAUAGAUGACACCUUUUAAUUGUAUAUAUAUAUGAGGUUCUUAUAUGCUUGUUAAGAACAAUAAAUUGGUUAUGUGACUUUAUACUCACAGCUCCUAUUAUAAGUUUACCACUCUUCAUGAGCUCAGGCUUAUAAUUACUUGUCUUGGAAAAAGGUCAUCUUGUUCCUUUGUAAACUCUGUAGAUUAAUAUAUUAUUUUGCUUUAAUAGGCAAAUAUAAUAUCCUUGAGUCUAGCCUAUUAAUUUAGAAAGUCCUAGGGGGUGGGGUUGGGGUUGGAGCACAUUCUUUGGUUAUCUUUAUUACUAUGAAAUCCUGAUCCUUUGCAGGUGGCUUUAAUUCUUGAAAACAGUCAAAAGUUAUUCAGAUCCAAGGUGGGGGAAGAAAAGAGGAACAGACAAGAAACAAAUUAGUGUUGGUUGAGUGUUGCCUAUUUGCAGAGCGUUUUGACAAACAUUUAAUGUACAUCAUUCAUUUUCAUCCUUCUAAUAACUUUGCAAGAUAAUUAUUUUUAUUGUUUUUUUUUCCUUUGUUUUGAUUAAAAAAACACACAACAGAUUGUGAAAACAGAGGCUCAGACAGGUAAGGUGACUUGUGUAGGAGUGUAGAGUGGCCAGGUCAGGGCUCAGACACAGUUUUCUCUCUUAGUCACUCACUUCCUAUGCUACAUAUGCAUAUAAUAGUUUUGAUUAAUAAAGGUAAGAUGUGAUUAAGGUGAAUCAUUUCAUUUUUGAUGUGCUAUUGUUUCUGAAGAGUAGAGAAGUUAUUAUGUCUUUGUGUAAAAAUUGAAGAAAAUCUGUAGGAAACAUGACAAUUUAAUGUUUAGAUUUGCAAGGUAAAUUUACAUUUAUUUAGCCAAGUGUAACGUUCACAAUUUUUUUGUCAUAACAUACCUCAACUAUUUAUUUGUAGUUCAUAUUUAAUAUGGAACAAAUCCAACUUUGGUGUUAGCAUGGAGUCUCAGUAGAGUUUCUGAAAUGAAACAUGAGGAAAGGUGGUUCAGAUUUAUGGAAUCUGAGCUUUGGAGAUUUCAGGUGUAUGCUUUUUCCUCCCCUCCCCUUUCAGAAUGUUAACAUUUCCAUUCGUUUUUUUGGUGAAAAUCGGUUUUAAGUUUCCUAAUAAAAGUUUUAAAUGAACACAUACAAAGUGCUACAUGUUAAGUGAACAUAAAUGAAGUGUUACAUAUUAUAUAGUAAAUCACCGAUCCGAUUGUGACCGUUAGUAGCUAUAGUAAUAAAUGGGAGCAUACCCUUGCGGUAAU